AUUCACCACUUACCACCUUGGAGGUGAAAGGUUUUGGAAGCCCACUUCAGUUUCAGGUUUCAAACUUCUCCCUUCUUCCUUCUCGCAUUUCCUACUCUUCAACAAUGGCGUUUUUCCUCAACAAAUCCACUCUUGCCUCUCAUUUCCGAUCUCAAUCUCAGGUGGAUCCUUCCUCACUUUCUCGACGUGGAUUCCACGUCGAACCAGGGACUCGUGAAAAGGCUUUAUUAGCUGAGGACCCUUGUCUUAGGCGGUUCAGAUCACAUAAGAAAGCUGUCUCUCGACUCAAAAGAGUUGGAGAUGUUUUGACAAUUGUGGUUGUUGCAGGAUGUUGCUAUGAAAUCUAUGUGAAAGCGACCAUGCGAGAAGAAGCUCGACGACAGGCAAAGACAGGUAGCGGAAGUACAUGAUGGAGUUUGUAUCCAUUUGGCCAAUUAAAAUGUCUGCCAAAAAGUCCUUAAUGCUUUCAUCUGUGUGCUAAAAUAAAGAUCGAGUUUUUUUUUUUUUUUCUUGUAGGGUUUUAAUCAUCAAUAAUUUCUUUUUGUACCCUUCAUUUCAUAACAUCUCAAGGGGAUAUCAGAGUGCGUUUACAUCGUUGUGAACACAUUUUAUGAAGCUUACAACAUUGCCUGCUUCAAAGCUUGAAAUAGAACUUACAUGGUCGAUUUGUUGGUUUCUUAA